CACAAUUUGGACGGAUUUGGUUGCCGCCAUCACCAUUCGGCGGUUCAUUUGUCCAUCUGCGCUUAUUCUCUAGUCUCACGACGUGUCUGUAAAGGCAGACAUGUCGGCGUCCACGGUGAAGCGACACCAUGCCUUUUCCAGCAUGGCCGGACGACAUUGCGCAAGCUGGUUCGCACAAAUUCAAGGUUCCACUGCAAUCAAGCACGCCCCUCUAUGACCCUGGCAACCUCGACGAUGAGGUCCAGUACAAACUCGGCGCCUACCAUGGCGACGACGAAGCUCGAGAUGUCCCUUCUAAUGAGAAGGACCCGCGGCCAUAUAAUCUUCAGCGUCACUCGUUUCCGACAACAUUUGACUUGGGUGGCAAGGACAGUGUGAUGCACAGCAUUUCGGUCCAGCGCAGGCUGCCAAAGAAGCCCUCAUUGCCACCCGCGUUCAAGCACAAUACAUUGGCGCCACAAUCAAUCGAAUCGCAGAGAAUCACCAGUGGUGCCUUGUGCUCAAGGCCAGCAAGAGAGCCAGCUUCCGCGCAUCGGCUUCCCAGUGUGGAGAGGAGCUUUGAGUUGCUGCAAUCAGCGGGCAAGCGUAGAUCACUGCAUAAAUUCACAACAGCGUCCUCCGAAAGCAACAACUCGACUCUCACGUUAAAAGUGCCCGUCACACCCGCUCGUCCGAAUGCAGGUCCGAUUCGCGUCUCGCUCUCGACCGCCUCCGACAGUAGCGAAGGAUCGAAAGCAACCCACGUGCUACCACCCCCUGUGUCCACCACAAAGGGGAAUCGAUUUGUAACCCUCAACGGAGAUUCUAUGGACCAUGACACCACGCCGUUACAGCACGUACGUGGCCUUCUUCUGCUUCAUACACCCACGCGGAUCGAUGGAACGGCGAUAGCAGAGUCGCCAUCUGUGAACCUCGUUAGAACUCCCGCCCUCGAGACAGACCUGGCACUCUUACGAACCGCCUCUGGCAAUGGCCUCGGCCCGCUGGUGGGCCCGACGUACGCUGAAAUUGCAAGAUGGAAAGGCAAGCGGCGAGCGCAUCGGGAAGAUGACGAAGAUGAUAGCAGAUGCAACAAGGCCAACCGUGUACUCGAGCUGAACAACUCGACGCGGGCGGCAGCAGCAGCAGCGCCACUACCUCAUACCCCGACGAAGCGUCAGAAGGUCCUCCCUUCAUCCCCUGGCAGUGUCAACCUCCUCAAACUCGCGAAAAAGCUGAGCCCAGACCGCAUCGGCAUCGCCAACUCACGCGACAAGGUCAUCGGCAGAGGUCUCGCCGAGCGAGCAUCCACCGUACUUAAAAAAGAGCGAUCCGAAUGGCUCAUGUGGGAAGCGUCAACGAGGACCAGCCGGCUGAAUGCCAUGCCUGCUGUACUGACUGGAACGAAGAAGCGCGCAUCUAUCUUCGCUGAGGACGACGACCCGCAGGCGCUCCCCGCCCAAGAGCGCAUACAGGCUACCAAAACGGCCGCACGGCGAGUGCAGCGACCAGACCGUGUCCUUGAAGUCGUCUCGGUUCUAGAGCCACUGCAUCACACGCUGCAGAUGCGAGGCAUUUCUGCUCGGAGUGAGUCAAGUACGCCCGCCCAAUUGCUACACUCUGAGCAGAUCCUUGCGCUCUGCUGCGACGCGGAUUCGGAUCGUGCGCAGGCAGAGCCAAAAGGAAUCUUUCCUGUUCUGUUCUCUACGUCCAUUUCGCACUUUGCGUCAUCCGGUAGAUCCAAGCGGGCUGCCCUCUUUGCAACCUCAGCUACCGGCCCGCAGAACAUGGAGAGUAAGAAUGCGCUUGUCGAGGUGAUGAAGGCACUUGCGCACGCGCAUGGGUCGCAACCACGGCAAACGCCCCCACAGCCUUCAAAUCGUCUGGCUCUUGAUAUCUGGAGCCCCAUUGAGCUCGGCCUGGUGCCUCUUUCUGAUAUUGCCGAGCCCAAGCUUUGCGCUUUGCUUUGCACGAGGUUCAAACUGCACAAGAGGGAUCAUUCUCCAAUCGCGUAGCUCUGCCUUUGCCCCCUUCCCUGACAUUUCCCCCACGACCCCUUGCGUGCAUCUUAUACCCCAUCGUUCGGGGUUUCAUGCCCCCUGGCUCUAACAUACGUCGCCGCCGUGGCAGUGCAUACGCCCGCCUCCGCGUCCGCGUCACCGUCACUCUCCAUUCUUUGUUUGC